AUGGCACAGGCACAGGGACAGACACAGCGUGACGCGCACGAACUUCUCAGGUUUGAUGAGCUAUUUCUAACGGAGCAAGAACACUUCACCAUUCGUACUCUAUCACAAAUCCUAAGGUGGACCGACUCCCUUGUUAGAGGCAGGGACGUUCCUCAUAGCGGAUAUUUGGUAGUGAAGGACGACAACAAGGACCAUGCAACAAGUUACAAGAUCUUAAACAGCUUCUGCCAGACGAUCAAUCGCGGUGGCACUGAGGUCAUCGCUCUAUUGCCCGGGCCGUUCACUGGGACGGAGCUGACAGUAUUCAGCACAGUGUCGACGGGGAAUAUGAGCGACGACACACACGAUCUAUUCUUGACUCGAAAUCCGCAACAGAGCGAAUUCCCGAAACCAAGGGCCGAGCCCAUCACAUAUUCAGUCGACUUCGACAGCUAUAGUGUGCCACCAGGCUUUGCUAAAGAUCCAUUCGGCGGUUAUCUCGGGUUACUUGAGACACACUCCUUCAAAAUCCCCUUUGGUUUGGUGCCGCACUUGGCUUUAACGCUGCUCAAACACGCUCACGGCGAGCACUCCAAAGAAGCUCGUAAAGAUGCUUUCGACACCUUUGGCCUCUUUACGAUGUGUCUCGGCUUCACGCGAUUAUCUGCUCGGCUUGACUUGGGCAUCAAGUCUCGAAAUUUCUUCCAAGUCAUCAUGUUACUUGAUGGCAGUCAGCCAACCAGCGAAGAAUUCAGAUUCCUUGCUGAGUGUUUACAGGAUCAAGACGCAGAUUCUUACGCACUCAAAAAAAGCAUGAAAGACAAGCCUUUCACACACGUCCAAAAUGACUUUAUAUCUGAGCUUAGACGUAUCCAAGUUGUUCCUGCAGACACCCCGAUACCGCAGAAGUUCGAUGCUCAAGGUCGGCGAUUCCUCGCCACUGUACUAUGUUUGUUAUUGAAGUUAUUCCCGGUGAAAGUGAAGAUGGCCAGGGGCCAUCAGCCGUCAAGGGAUCGGACAACACCAUUCAACAAACGCAGCUAUAAGAGAGCUAUGGUAUCCCUACUGAACGUCCACCAAGUUUUCUGGACCUUCUUCACCAGGUUCCGAGAUCAAAUCAAGGAAACACUGGCAUGGGUCCAAAGUGUGUGCGGGCUUCGAAACGCAACCCUCUUCAACACCUAUUCCGAACAUAGCGGGCUGGAUAUUUUGUCUUCUAGUCCCGCACCGCCAUCGACUCCAGAUACCACUUCUGCUGCAGAACAAGUCUCACAGUCCUCUCCCUCUACUUCAGGAAGUGAGCACGGAGUCGCUUACGUUCGUACACCAACCCCGCCCGCAGACAUUAACUCCUCGCCACCAUCGAUCAGAGCGCUCAGCCCAUCGCUACCCGAGGACCAACAGCUUGAGUCAGCGGCUCUAGAGGACCUGACGGACGAUGAAGCAAACGCAGAAGAAAUAAUUUCACUCUGUGCUAUCGAAGAAAAUCCCCAGUCGGGAUGGCACGAUGCAUGCUUUCGAUGGUUAGAGCUUAUUAUCACCCACUACGAGGCGAUUCGAAAGGUCCACAUUUGGUCACCCAGUCGGAGCUCCUCAAUUACGAAGUCACUGAAGAGACUAGUGCCACGGGCAGAGAUACACACUCUUGAGGUAAAGUCCUCAUACGCAGACCAGCGUAUGCGUAGUAUCAACGAGGUGCUGAGAGAGCUGGAAGAAGAGCGCGUCGAACCCGAAGUCGCGGAAUCACUUAGAGAGUGGCUUGAGCGCCAUACACAGGAAGGAAUCCAAGCUGCUAGACUCACCGGCAUUCGGCCUCAUGUUGACUCACAGUCUAAAUGGGAUGAUCCGAAGUUCAAAGGCACCAUGCAUUGUGAAACAAUUAUGCUCACACUGCAUGCUCUGUCAAUCAAUGGCCUUUUUCGCGCCUCCACCGCCAGUGCCAGAGCGAUAUCAGAUUGUCUCAAGUCGCGCGACAUUAUCGUACCUCCGGAUGUCAUUGACAGAUUCAAGCACAUUGGCAAUAUACUUGCAGUCUCAAAGAGAUGCUGUCCGGCCUGCAACUGCGUGGUGUCCACCAUUCGAGACCAUCAGCCUCCGCGCCACCAAAUUACGUACCCCGGGUAUCAUACUGUGUGGUUUCCGAUAGCAUUACCGCCCUGGACCCCACGAAGGAUUGGCGAAAUCCUACUUGACACUCUUUGGGCAGCUGUACAGGAGCGCGCGGAACGUGUCCACUCCGUAGUAGAAGCGGGGAAGAGGGUUCGAUGUAACACGCCGAGUGACGCAUCCCCCGAGGAUAUUGAGAGCGAACAAUGCGAAACUGAUCAACUGCCAUUGCUUUAUGGCAACUGGGAUGAUGAUGAUGAUGAUCCGUCUCCGUCCGCUCGGAGUGAGGAUCAGGAUUCAGGGGAUGAAACGCCGAGGCCGUUCAAGCGUACUCUACCCAUUCUCCUGGCACCAACGGCGACAGAGCCACCGACCUCGCCCAAGCGCUCGAGGGAUGCAUCGCUGGGGGAUUCAGAGAUUGAGGGUUUAUUGUCACCAACAAAGAAGACUCGCAAGUGA